GUUAGCGUUUCAAAAUGAAUGAAGAGAAUAACUAGAGCAUCAUCAUUUCUGACUCUGGUUCUUCCCUCGUUUACUCUUAAAGGCCCUCUUCUUCGCGCUCCCAUUUCCUUGGUGGCGGCUGCUUCUAGGGUUUCUGUCAAUCAGUCCCUAGCAAGUCUCCCCGCUUCCUUCUCAUCCUUUUCAUUGUCUCCAAUAGCAGUCAUGCCGGGUGUAGAUCCAAAGGAGCUGGAGUGGCCGGCGAAGAAAGUCAGAGACACCUUCAUUAACUUCUUUGAGGAAAAAAGUCACGUUUAUUGGAAAUCGAGUCCUGUUGUUCCUCUCAAUGACCCCACUCUGCUCUUUGCUAAUGCUGGCAUGAACCAAUUCAAGCCUAUUUUUCUGGGAACGGCUGACCCGAACACUGCGUUGAGUAAGCUAACUCGCGCAUGCAACACCCAGAAGUGCAUUCGUGCGGGAGGGAAACAUAAUGAUCUUGAUGAUGUGGGGAAGGACACUUACCACCAUACUUUCUUUGAGAUGUUGGGAAAUUGGUCAUUUGGUGAUUAUUUCAAGAAACAGGCGAUUGAGUGGGCCUGGGAGCUUUUAACUAAGGUGUAUAACUUGCCUCCUGAUCGGUUCUAUGCUACUUAUUUUGGUGGUGAUGAGAAAGCUGGCCUUGCUCCUGAUGUGGAAGCGAGAGAUAUAUGGCUCCAAUUUCUGCCACCUGGACGUGUGCUACCGUUUGGUUGUAAAGAUAAUUUUUGGGAGAUGGGUGAUACUGGUCCGUGUGGCCCUUGUACUGAAAUACAUUUUGAUAGAGUUGGUAAUCGUGAUGCAGCGCUGUUGGUUAAUAAUGAUGAUCCUACAUGCAUUGAGAUAUGGAACCUCGUCUUUAUUCAGUUCAAUAGGGAAAGUGAUGGCUCCUUGAAAUCUCUUCCAGCUAAGCAUGUUGACACAGGAAUGGGUUUUGAGAGAUUGACUUCUAUACUUCAAAACAAGAUGAGCAAUUAUGAUACUGAUGUGUUCAUGCCCAUCUUUGAUGCUAUCCAGCAGGCAACAGGGGCGCGGCCUUAUUCUGGUAAAGUUGGUCCUGAUGAUGUAGACAAGGUUGAUAUGGCCUACAGGGUUGUUGCUGAUCACAUUAGAACACUCUCAUUUGCCAUUAGUGAUGGCUCUUGUCCAGGCAAUGAGGGUCGUGAGUAUGUUCUAAGGCGGAUUUUACGCCGAGCUGUUCGAUAUGGAAGUGAGGUCCUGAAAGCUCAAGAAGGAUUUUUUAAUGGGCUUGUAGAAGUUGUUGUGAAAUUGAUGGGUGAUGUUUUCCCAGAGCUAAAGCAAACCGAACAACGCAUUAAGGAAAUAAUUGCGGAAGAGGAAGCAAGUUUUGGCAAGACUUUGCUUAAGGGAAUUGAGAAGUUUAAGAAGGCUGCUCAGGAGGUUCAGGGGAAGGUAUUGAGUGGCCAGGAUGCAUUUGUCUUGUGGGACACAUAUGGCUUUCCAUUAGAUUUGACUCAGUUGAUGGCAGAAGAAAGAGGAUUACAUGUUGAUGUUGAGGGUUUCAAUAAUGCCAUGGAUGAGGCCAGAGAAAGGUCAAGGAAUGCCCAAAAUAAGCAAGCUGGUGGCGAUAUUGUGAUGGAUGCUGAUGCUACAUCUGCACUGCACAAGAAGGAUAUUUCUGUGACUGAAGAUUCCUAUAAAUUUAUAUGGUACCAGGACCAUGAAAGUGUAAUAAAAGCCAUCUAUACUGGUUCUGAGUUCUUGGAAAGUUAUACAACUGGCAAUGAAGUUGGUAUAGUUUUGGAAUCCACUAGUUUCUAUGCUGAGCAAGGUGGCCAGAUUUUUGAUACUGGAUCACUUGAAGGCACUUUUGGGUCAUUCCAAGUUUCCAAUGUCCAAAUUUUUGGAGGUUUUAUUCUUCACAUUGGCUCUCUCACUGGAGGAGGAAAAUUUUCUGUGGGUGAUAAAGUUAUUUGUAAGGUUGACUAUGAAAGGCGUAAGCUCAUUGCCCCAAACCAUACUUGUACGCACAUGUUGAAUUUUGCUCUCAGGGAAGUGCUUGGAGAUCAUGUUGAUCAGAAGGGAUCCAUUGUUCUCCCUGAAAAACUAAGAUUUGAUUUUUCUCAUGGCAAGCCAGUGGAUCCCGACCUUUUGAGAAAGAUCGAGUCAAUUGUGAAUGAUCAAAUUAAAGCAGAAUUAGAAGUAUCUGCAAAAGAAGCAACUCUUUCAGAAGCCAAGCGUAUCAAUGGUUUACGAGCUGUUUUUGGAGAAGUUUAUCCUGACCCAGUUAGAGUUGUCGCAAUUGGUAGAAAGGUUGAGGACCUCCUAGCUGAUCCAGAAAACAACGAGUGGCUGUCAAUCUCAGCAGAACUCUGUGGAGGGACACAUAUUUCAAAUACACGGGAAGCAAAGGCAUUCGCUCUGCUAUCAGAGGAAGGAAUUGCAAAAGGAAUCCGAAGAAUAACAGCUGUGACAACGGAUAGUGCUUUUAAGGCUAUGGAACUAGCAUCAUCACUUGAGCAGGAAGUUGAUGAGACAUCCAAGACAGAAGGAAGCUUGCUGGAAAAGAAAGUAGCUUCUUUAAAAAGUCGCGCGGACUCUGCUCCUAUUCCAGCAGCCAAGAAAGCUGAUAUUAGAUCCAAGAUUUCUGUGCUUCAGGGUCAAGUAAGAAAAGCACAAAAGAAGAUUGCUGAAGAAAAUAUGCAGAAGGCUGUCAAGGUUGCUACAGAGAUGGCUGAAGCUGCUGCUUCAGAAGGAAAGGAAUUCUGCAUUUCCCGUGUUGAUGUUGGUCUAGAUGCAGCUGCAGUCCGAGAGGCAGUUUUGAAAGUCUUAGAGAAGAAGGGGAUUUCUAUCAUGGUUUUCAGUGUGGAUGAAACAACAAACAAGGUUGCGGUAUGUGCAGGAGUGCCAGAAAAGUCAGACAAGUGCAAAAAGCUGGAAGUGUCCGAGUGGUUGACUGCUGCUUUGAAGCCACUGAAUGGGAGGUGUGGUAAAGGAAAAGGGGGUCUUGCCACAGGCCAGGGAACGGAUGGAGUACAUGUUGACAAGGCUAUGGAUUUGGCAGCCACAUUUGCACAGAUGAAGUUGACGGGAUAGAUGGUCUUGGUUGUAAUGCCCUGAUGUGCUAUUGCUGGUUAGUAUUCACCGUUAUUUGUUCAUCUCAACACAAAUGAGAUCUUACAGUUAAAUUUUUCUAUUUUUAUCAGAAGUUUACAUCCAUAAUUUACGAGAGCUGAGCUGAUUGAAUAGCUGAAUGUUAUUGUUCAACUAGGAAAAGAAACAUAGGAAACAGGGGUUCAUAUAUCAAGUCACUCAAUUCAGUAUUGAGCUUUAUUCUGUUUA